AAGUCGAAAUGUUUGCUCGAAAUUUUCUUUAAACGAUAAUUCGCAUUUAUUGGUGAGUUUUGACUCGAUUCUUUCUCAAAUGGGCAAGUGAUAAUUCUCAGUCGCUUUUCAUUGGAAAAGACGAGAAUUUUUCCACGCGUUAUCAACGAAAGAAACGACAUCAAGAAGGAAGACGAUCAAAAUGUCGGACAAGACAUCAAGCGAUGGUCGAACCCUAGAAGACACUCUACUGUCGUAUUUUGAUGUUUUCCACAGUAGGAACAUAGCAUGCCGAGAUCUUCUAUUUCCUCUUGUCGAUGUGCUGAUGGACUACGAAGCUCACAAUAUUAGGAAAGAACUCGACACGUGGAUAAAACAGAUCAAAUCAUCAGCUAGAAGAAUAUUUCAUUGUCCGUGGUGUUCAUGUUUGUUUGAAAAUCCCGUCACUCUAACAUGUGGUCAUACUGUUUGUCAGGAAUGCCUCCGAAGAAAAUCGGAGUUGAUCGGUGGAGACAGUUCGGAGAGGUCGUUAAAUUUCUGCCUUCUCUGUGGAAAUAAUUUAUUCAAUGAGGGAAGUCGGUCAGUGAAUAGUAUCUUGUCCGAUAUAAUAAGAAAACUGUUCCCCGACGGAGGGAUAAGCGCGGAAGCAAAGAAGCUUGGCCAAAGUCAGUUACUUUCACAAUGUGCGAAGAAAGCAGUGGAAACGUUUUCAGUCGCUCUCCACUCGAGACCAAAAGAUUAUGAGUGCCUCUGUCUGCGGAGUGAUGCCUACUUGAAAUUAAAGCUGCACUAUUUAGCACUUAGAGAUGCUAGCAGUGCUUGCCAGUUACGACCAGAUUUACCAGAUGCUUUUCACAGAAAAGCGAAAAUUUUAACCGAAAUAAAAUCAUUGGACGAUGCAGUCUUGCAGUUUCUUCGCUGUGCUGCCCUGAAUCCAACCAUGCCUCGUCGCGACGAGUUAACUGAAAGUUUAUUUAGACUGUUUACCUCAGUAACUUUGACGAAACUUGAGGAAAAGGUUGCUGCUAGAAAUAUUGCAAGUAACACUGCUGCAGAUGAACUUCAAGAAGUAAAAUCAGAAACGGACAUCACUGAAAGCUCGAGUUCCUCAGAGGAAGAAAGCAGCGAUGACCAAGGGAUUGCUCAAAACAGCUGCGAGGAGAUUAUCGUUAUCGAAGUAACUGAGUUACAGUGCCUCAUUUGUGGACGUUUACUUUUUUACCCUGUGACAGUCCAGUGUGGUCACACCUUUUGCAAGGAGUGCAUCAAGGAAAGUCUUGAGUAUGCACCUAAGUGUCCAAGCUGUGGAACAAUCUUGACUGAUUCAAAAACCAAUAACUGGAAUUUAACCUUGGUUUUGGAUGAAUUGCUGAGAAUUUAUCUAGAGAAGCCAUACCGUGAGAGAGAACAAUCUCACUCAAAGGAAAUGAAGAUGUGGACAAGGGUAGGUAUUGAUCAGAAUGUAGAGGUGCCAAUACUGGUUUGUACCGUAGUAAUUCCACAGGGGAGAAUACGUCUUACGCUGUCUCAUCCCUCCCACCGAGUCAUGGUGCGGCGUUCUGUUGAAUGGGGUUCCCGAAUGUUUGGAAUAUGUUUGCCUGACGAAGAGAAAGGCUUCACCGAUCAUGGAACAAUAGUCGAGAUACAGGCUACCGAAAGCUUCCCAACCGGAAAGUUGGUGGUACAAGCAAUUCCGAAACAACGAUUCCGUGUUGUUACGAGAAAUAUUUCGGAUGGUUGCCCCAAAGCUAAAGUGGAAUGGUUGGAAGACGCAAGAAUCGAUGACUACCAUGCGGUACUGCAUUUGAAAUGGCGCAACUCGUUAAGCCAUUACAUGCUGAAGAGAUGGCUGGCUGCAUUACCUCAUGACGAGAAAGUUUGUCUUGAGAACUCUUUAGGACCUAUUCCCCCAUCUGAUAGUCAUUUGCUUCUAUCACCAAAUGGUUCCCCCUGGCUGUGGUGGUCCUUGGCAGCAAUACCAAUUUCAGCGCAAGAAAAACUAAGGAUACUGCUUAUGCCUCACGUAGCUGACAGAUUACAGAGUAUUCAAGACCAUCUCGAAGCCUUGCUGAAAUCGAACAACGAUCGGGAUGGAAGAAAUGUGACGGAAGAAUCUAGCGAUGGUUGUCACGCCUUGACCAUUUGAGAUUCGUCCUUUCAACAAAAUACUGUCAUCUGAGAGUCUGAGGCAGAGGGGAAAAAUAGCAAGAGCUUGAGAUCAUUAUUUUGCGCGAAGCCCUGCAUUUGUCUACUCACUCACUUUUGUGUCCGUUUGUUAGAAACAUGAAAUUGUUUUGAGAAAAACCCUAUCGAGGAUUAUUCGUCGUGGUCUAAUUUUUAUCUUCAGUUUUCACUUAUUUUAGUUUAAGGUAACUCGAGCAGAAAAACAGAAAAAUAAAUUGCAGACAAGGAUAAAUGAAUAUAUAUUUUAAUGUAAUACGACGAUGCAGAGAAUAUGUCGCUUUCUAUGUUAAUCGUUGAAUUCGCAUUGUGAGGUCGCGAACGCGUUUCGUGAUAGUUUUUUUCUUGUUUCUUUGGCUUUUCUUUGUGUGCGGUUGUUUCUCUCUGUGGGAUCAGUAAGUCCGGAAGUUUAUCCACACAUGGUCACGAGUAAAACAACAUGCUUGUAUGUGCAUUUUAAAACAAACACAGAGUGACUGUGCAGCCAUCAUCAACUUAAAAACUGUUUGAAGAGCGUUAGCCGUGGGCUGAAGCAAACACAGAACAGAUCAAUUUCUAUUAAUUAUUUUGAUAUAUAAUUGGACCUGUUAUAUUAUAACUAUAAAAUUUCAGGCAAGUAUUUAUAAAUAAAAAGUAAAAUGGGAA